GUAGCAUUUUAGUGUUUAUUUGGCUGCAUCAGAUCUUAGUUGAGGCACACGGGAUCUUCGUUGGGGUGCUUGGGUCCUCUAGUUGUGGCACAUGAGCUUAGCUGCCCCAAGUCAUGUAGGAUCUUAGUUCUCCAACCAGGGAUUGAACCUGCAUCCCCUCUCAUUGCAAGGUAGAUUCUUAACCACUGGACCAGAAGGGAAGUUCCAGGAGAGGAAUGGUUUGAACCUCUGAGGCUGUGGAUCCUGGGAUGGGUGGCAAUCAGCUAUCCUGGAGGCUAACUAGAGGCCCAGGAAUAUGGUUGGUGUAUGGCAGCAAAGCUAAGAAGCUGUGACGUGGGGUCUCUUGACAGAGCUCUUGGGAAGGCUGGAAGAGCCCGCACCUGGAAGAACCAGCUAUGCUGUAAGCUGCUGCCAGUUUGGGUCCCUGCUUUCUAAAGGAAAGGUCACUGCUCUCUCUGGCUUCCAGCUGUGAUGUCUGGGUCACCCCCGCCUCCCUCCUGAAGCAGCCCCACCCAGGGUGCGUGCCCACCCAAUGGCCCUUAUGAAGUGGUAAUCACUCUGACCAGCAGGGGUGGAAGAUGGUACCAGUCAACCCUGCGCCGGAGGAGGAGCCCGAAGCCGCCACUGAGAGAUGGAGGACCCCACGCCUGAGCCCGUCUACGUGGACGUGGACAAAGGACUGACCUUGGCCUGCUUCGUCUUCCUCUGCCUGUUCCUCGUCGUGAUGAUCAUCCGCUGUGCCAAGGUCAUCAUGGACCCUUACAGUGCCAUCCCCACGUCCACCUGGGAGGAGCAGCACCUGGACGACUGAGGCGCGGGCAGGCAGGGGCAGUGGGGAGGGACUGAGACCCUGGCGCUCUCUGGAUGAGGUUGCCCUGGGACACCUCCGUCCCCUGGCCACCAGCCUGCCAGCGCCUGGAGGCAGGCGGGAACAGAUUCGGCCACCGGGGAUGGAGAAGGUUCACCUUAGCCUUGUCCACGCUCACACGAGCAGCAGGCCGAGAUGCGUGGGGUGCUGGGGGCAGUGCCAUGGCCUGCCAGUCUGGGGAUGAGAGGACCGUGAGUCAGUAGCCCGGGUCCAGGCUGGGGACUCUGUGAGACUGUGGGUAAUGCCAAGCCCCAUUUGGCAUUGGAUACAGGACAGAUCAUGUAACAGUGGUCGGGUUUUAAGGACACCCUUGCCCUGAUCAUGCCAAGUAGCACACGCACUCGCCCCAGGGGUGCAGAGCACAGACGUCCACCUGAAAUCCCCCCCUUCCCACGGGCUGGCAGUGGUGCCAGAGUGGUGACCCAGGGAAGCGGAUGGAUUCAAAUUCACAAAAGGCACAGGGGCUGCUUCCCAGCAAUAUUUUUUUAAACUAAAAUAUAGAAGGGUAUAUUUUUUCCUGUUAUAAAUGAAAUGUGUAUUUUAGAAGUUUGGAAAAAUACAGAUAAAUAAUAGAAGGAAAGGGGGAAAAUAAUACUUAUAAUCCCACUUCCCCAAAGCCACCAUCUUAAUAUAUUUUCUCUCAGUAUUUUUACAUAUAUUUUUCAAUAGGCAAACUGUGUGCAUGGUGUUGCAUCGCUUCAUAUUAGAGCAUGAACACGUUCUCAUGUCAUCAAACCCUCUUCAGAGCCAUCAUUUUUACUGGCUGCAGAGUAUUCCAUUGGUGGAUAGGUCAUGGUGUAAUAAUUAUCUCUGUUGGUCAUAUGUUUCUUUUUUCCUCCACUAUUCUUCAUGCAAAAAUAUUUCACCCAGUGACUUCUUGAGAGCACACAGUAUAUGAGAUGAAUAUCAGACAGGAAGACCUGGGUUCUACUCUUGUCUGUCACUCUAAGGCUGUGUGACCUUGAGCAAGUCACUUUACCUCUCUGUGCCUCCGUCCCCUUGUUGUAUAAAGGGGGAGGAAAAACCUUGCCCUUUUUGUUUUGUGUAAGCCUCAUGUGAAUGAAAGGGCAGGAGGGGGAGUGCUUUGAAUGUAAAUGUGCCGUGGGGGGAGACAAGGAAUAAGUUGUUGAUUAUAAUGACUCCUUUCCCUCUUUUCCCACCCUUCUCACCCACCUCACACUCUAUCACCUAAAUCUAAGGACUUGCAGCAAGAAUACUGGACCAGAGUCCACAAACCUGGUCCCAAGUCCCAACUUCUCUUCUAUCUUGCCCUAUAGUCCUGAAUAACUCAGCCUCUCUGAUCCCCAGUUUCCUCAUUUGUAAAAUGAGGGAAUAACAUCUACCUCUCAAGGUUGUUGUGAGGAUGAAAUGAGAGAACAUGGGCAAACAUUCGUGUCUUUUCUUGAUUUUUACCACCCCCAGGAGAAGCCAGGGGUCUGAACUGGGAGAAGGAGGGGUCUGGAUUCCUCUCUCUCAGAGGAAUCUGGAACCCUGGAUUUUCCUCAGUUCCCAGGGCCCUUCUGAAAAACCAGACCUCCCAGCCAGGACCUGGUCAGAGGAAUGCUCACAGCAACCUCUCCCACCCAGCACCUCAAGGAAUAUGGUGUCUAUUAAUUUAAGUAAUCAUCAUUGUCAUCAGUAAUCCUGCAAACACAAUAUGAAGUUAAGUGAGACCGCCUGAACACCCCCUGACUCUGAAGGUAUUUAUUCCAUCCCUCUAAGGCAUGCCUGCCAUUUCCCUCAGAAGUGACCUGCAGCUGGAAAGAAGCUCAAGGCUCCCUUCCCAUCACCCGCAUCCCUGCCAUCAGUACCGCCCCAUCCCGGGUCACCUGGGAAACAGCUUUCCAAAGCACCGUCACCACGAGGUGACCUGAAAGUGAACAGGGGCACCGCUGUGCAGGCAGCAUUCCAGGGCAUUUCCAGCUGUUCCCCACGCCACCCCCCACUGUGUGGGAUGCAGAAAGGGACAGCUGGCGAAGACAGUGGACAAAUGCAUUGGAGGCUCCGUCUGAGGGGACAAUUUAGAGCAAGGACCCUGUACAUUGCCUCAGGCCCAGCAGCAGCCUUCACUCUGCAGCCUACCUCAGAGAUAGCAAGCACUUCUGUGAAAAGCUCAUCAGCCUGGAUUUACAGUGCCAAUCAGAACCAACUCCCAAUCAGCAAAUAACAGAUCCCAAGGAACAAGAGGUCUUGAAGACCUCACCUGGAGAUAUUUUAGAGCUCUAAGGAGUAAAUAACAGGUGCCCGAGGGCUGUACUACUGAAACCCUGAUGAAGGACAAAUAGCUCCUGCAACAUUGAGGAACUUGCUAGAAAUCCAAAAUCAUGGACCCCCUAUUCCAGACCUCCAGAACUCUAAUCUCUGCAGGUGGGGCCCAGGAAUCUCUUAGCAAGAUCCACUGAGUGAUUUCUCUGCACGAACCUGGGCUUCCCAGGUGGCUAAGUGGUAAAGCAUCCUCCUGCCAAUGCAGGAAACUCAAGUUCUAUUCCUGAAUUGGGAAGAUCCCCUGGAGGAGGAAAUGGCAACCCACUUCAGUAUUAUUGCCUGGAGAAUUGCAUGGACAGAGGAGCCUUGCAGGCUACAGUCCAUGGGGGUCACAAAAAGUCGGAUGUGACUGAGCAUGCACACACAUUAAUUAAAUGUAUCAAUAUGUUUUUAGGGAGGGAUAUGAUCAAUUAGUUUGAGAGGCACUGCCCUGGGGGUCCUCUGGUCUCACUUAUUUCUUUCCCACACCUAGAGUUGCUAAUAUUUCCCACCCUAUCUCUUUUGACUGUUUUUGGUGGCAAAGGGAAAUAAUAACAUUUCAGCAAAAGAUGGAACAUUUCAAAAUCACUCCUAUUCUAAGCCUCCAGAUAGAUAAUAGUGAUUUCCAUUGUGUGUCCAUGUGUUCCCUUCUCAUCUUUGUCCACAUGCAAGAUAUAUUUUUUCAUAAAAGCCUCCUGUUACAACAUUUUAAUCAGUAUCUCAUAACAUUUCUGCAUAAGCAUGUUUCUGCUACAGGCUUCCUAUUUAUCAUUUUAGUAGCUAUAAACCAUACCAUCUAGUGCAUGUGUGUAGUUAUCCAGAAUCCUGUUAUUAAGUAUUUGGAUUGCUUUCAUUUUUCCCUAGUAUACAUGUUGCAAAAUAAAAAUAAAGAAAGAAAGCUUAAGACAGAUAUGAUGAACCCUGGGGCUUGCUCAGGAUGGUGGAUAAUAAAUAUUUAAAUGACACCCCCUGCAGCUUAGAGACACAUGGUGGAGGGAGAGCCAUCUAAAUAUUUGAUCAUAAUAAGGGAUAACCCAACUGAUAUUUCAAGCUUUUGUUGUUGCUUUAGCUGCUAAAGGAUGGAGGAGAUGGUCCUUUGUCAUCAGAGCAUCUUAGCCGGUUUGUAGCUGGCUGAGAUGAAGUUAGGGCUUCAGAUGGAGAGGUAAACUGGUCAGCGAAAGAAAUGGAAAGAAUUUUUGAAGACUGGAAGCUGGCAGAGAGAAAAUGAAAAGCAUCAGAGAGAAAGAGUUGUUGACCUCAACCCAGGAUUUAAGGCAAAAUAUGAUCAGAGAAAAAGUCACUGCUGCAUGGUAUGGGUGACGGAGUCUCCAGACAGUGGUGUCUGGUGGCUGAUUUUAAGUUGUUGCCUGUUCUGUGCUCUGCUCCAGUCCCUUCCUGUUACCCUAAACUCUCAGUAAAGUCUGAUACACAAUC